GAUAAACGGCAGGGAAUCGCUAAAUAUAAGCCAGUAGUCAGUUCGACUAGCAACGAUAAAGAUGUUCAGCGCGUCGCUUCUAAUUUGUUUGUUGCCCAUUAUCGUACUGGAUGCAGGAGAUUCGGGUCCGACCGAUUUUUACCCGGAAGAUCUUUGCAGUGCGCAAGGAGGGCAGUGUAUCAAACUAGAUGAAUGUUCGGUGCCCGUGGACGACAUAUAUCUCAACCUUUGCCCCGAGCAACAAGCAGAGGGAGCCGAAUGUUGCCAUGGAGUUUCCACGAAAGAAUACCGCUGCAAAAGGUUCGGAGGCGAUUGCGUAGCGGAUGGUCGCCCGUGCCCCGAUCACCUACAAAAACCGCAAGCUACGGAUUGCCUAAAGGGAACAUUUUGCUGUAUUUUUAUAUAAAUAAUCUUAGUUGUAGAAACAAGUAGGUAUAAAUAAAGUAUGGUUCAAGGGUA